AUGCCGCUUCUCCAGUUGCCCAACGAACUGCUGCUGUCCAUUUUGACAGAGCUGGAUUCAGAGAGAGACAUCAACGUGUUUGUUCGGUCAAACCGCCACCUCUACCACAACUUCAACAGCUACCUCUACCGGCAUCAUGUACAGCAUUCAAGGGCUUCAGCACUCCCAUGGGCUGCAUUGCGUGGACGAGAAGGGACAUGCCGGAAAUUACUGGAUGAGGGAGCUAAUACCGCCAUCGAAAAUCAUAACAGUUCGAAUGCCCCGUUAUUCCUGGCAGUAAUGAGUGGGCAUUUGGAUGUGGUCAGGCUGUUGCUUGAAAGGGAUGCUGUCCCCAAUGUUAAAGAUGAGACUGGCCGGACGCCGAUCUCGUGGGCGGCACAGAAUGGCCAUAUUGCAGUUGUCAAGCUCCUGUUAGAGAGAGGUGUUGGGCUAGAUUCUGAAGAUGAGGAAGGUCGGACACCACUAUCAUGGACAGCAGAACGUGGACAUGAAUCCAUCGUUACCCUCCUCCUGGAGAGGGGUGCCAGGCCAGACUCUAAGACAAGUCUUGGACAUACCCCUCUGUAUUACGCCAGCAUACAGGGCAGCGUACCCAUUAUUAAUCUUCUUCUAGAGAGGGGUGCCGAUCCAGACCCCAAGGAUAUACAUCAUCGGACGCCGCUGUCUCUGGCAGCACAAAAUGGCCAUGAGAAGGUGGUCAAGCUCCUUCUUGAACAUGGUGCUGAUCUAGACUCCAGAUCUCUACGAGGUCGGACUCCUCUGUCAUUAGCAGCGCAUUUUGGGCAUGAGUCCAUUGCCAAACUUCUGCUAGAUCGCGGUUCAGAUCCCAACUUAGCAAACGGCUUCGGACAGACCCCACUGUCCUGGGCCGCGCAGAGAGGGCAUAUAUCAGUGAUUAAGCUCCUACGGGAGUAUGGUGCGGCGGUAGACGGUGUGGGCACCAAUGGGCAGACUGCUUUAUCGUGGGCUGCACAAGAUGGAGAUCUGCAAAUGACACGACUCUUGCUAGAACAUGGUGCUGCGGUAGACAGCCAAGACCAAUAUCGCCGGACACCACUUUUUAUUGCUACCCUAAUAGCGCGUGACGAUAUAGUGGAGGCACUUCUUGAGCACGGUAGCUCUGCAAUGCAUACUCCUACUUGUGCCGAUCGCACCCCCCUAUCUAUAGCCCGUGACUACAACCUUACCAGGAUCCAGCAACUAUUGGAUAAGGCAUCAGGUACUCAUCCAGAAACAGAAAUAGUGAAGUCGACAGUUUCGUAUGAUUCGGACGAUGCAGUGAUCAUCUGCGACAGCUGCGGCAUUGAUCUCCCCCCAUAUGACUUUUACUUCCACUGCAGUAUCUGCAAUGAUGGUAAUUGGGAUGUCUGCUGCGAAUGCCAUGCACAUGGGGCCCUUUGUGCUGACAAUCAUGUUCUCGAAAAGCGGGCUAUACGUGAUGGCACAUCCAUCAGGCUUUUCGAAUAG